GUUUGAUAUAAUAUUAUCGCGUAUCAUCAGCCUGUCCGGCGUAUAGAGAAACACGGCUUUGAGAUUCUCUUGCGCUUGACUUCAUGGUUUCGUUUGCCCAGGAAUUUAUGUCAGUGUCAGGUUGCACAUUCAAGGCGCCAAUUGAACCCAAUUGGGGAGCUUUCAAUAGCUGGCGAGUGGGGGAGCCUGGGCCCUGACACUGACAGUUAGCCUGGCGCAGUAGGCCACAAAGUGCAGUUUGCCAUGGCGGCGCAGGCGACAGGAGCAGCUGGCAGCCUUGGAUUAGAGCUCAGCUAUCUCAUCAAGAGGGUCCAUUUUUUUAGAAGGGAGGUCCCCGUCAUCGUACAGAACAAGAACGGGCCGUGCCCCCUUUUGGCAAUCGCCAACGUCCUGCUCCUCCGGAAUCAAUUGCAGCUGCACCAGGAUGCGGGAGAGAUAUCUGAGAGUCGGCUGAUGUCACUAGUGGCCGAGAGGCUCCUUGAUACUAAUUUGAACGUCAGCGGAAAAGAUGCGGCUUAUGUCAGCAAUCAGCAGCAGAACAUUAGUGAUGCCAUUGCGCUGCUUCCGAAACUGGCGACGGGGAUUGAUGUGAACGUGCGUUUCAGAAGCGUCGUUGAUUUUGAGUUCACCUCGGAGUGCGCAAUUUUUGAUCUGCUUGACAUCAGCUUGGUCCACGGCUGGCUCGUCGAUCCUCAGGAUAAAGAAGCGGCCGCAGCAAUCGGUGCAUCCUCUUACAACAACCUGGUCGAAAAGCUGGUGGACUUGCAGUGCUCCGGCGUCGAUCUCGACCUCACGCGCAUCGACUCCCUGCGCUCCCGGUCUGGCAAAGACCUUUCCAAGCCGGCCGUCAGCAGAAACGAGGGGUCGUCCAAGGAGAAAGAUCUGGCUGCAGAGCUGGCAAGCUCUCUCAGCGCCAUGGCUCUCGGCAGCGUGCAUGGGGCAAGCGGGUAUUCCGCGGGAAGCACAGCGAGCAGAGAAACCGCGCAGCCAGGCCCUCGAUCAAGCCAAGCAGCCGGGCAUGAUUUGCAGGGCGUGAAGGAAACCGAAAUAGUAGGAAAAUCGGAAGAUAAGUCUGCCGCUGGGGCAGACUCGCAGCUCACUGUGGACAAAAGGGAGCAGAUCCAGGGUAAAGGAGGGGAGGAAGAGGCGGCCGCGCUUGCUGCUGCGAUCCAACUCUCGCUGGGGGGUGCAGCCGAGAGUGCCGAUCCACCCCCCGGAAAGGAAACGGAGUCGGACGAGGACGGGUUUGUUCGGGUAACGCAUCCGGAUUUGACAGAAUACGAAAAGGCGGCGGCGGAGAUGGGGGAAGAAACAGCGGUUGCUGCUUCAGAAGUGGUUGAUACAGCGGAAAACUCUGGUGGCUUGGGGAGUGGAGCAGCGGUCGUGGGAGCGGCUGAAACGGCGGAAACUGGAAGGGGAUCCGAAGGGUCAAUUGACGUAGAAAGGGGGUCGUCGGUCGGUGGGAUCCUGGCAGCUAGCGAGACCGCUGCAGACUCGGUCCGUGGGGGGGGCAUAAAGACGCCCAGCGCAACACCAGAGUCUUUGGUGGUGACAGUUCCUGGUGGCGAGAAAAGCAAAGAACUGGAGCCGAGUGGUGAUCAGGAUAGCAAGCCAGAAGCGGAAGUCGCAAACAAAGCCUCUGGAGAGGAGGCGAGCACGUCCGCAGAAGGGGGCGGGACUGGCAGUAGCGGGGGCGCCGAGGCGUCUGAUUCGGAGGAGACGCGGAGGAAAGCGCGGGAGGGGCGUGCGAUCCAGGCGUUUCUGGAGUCGACGGCCAGCCAGCUGACGUAUCACGGGCUGGUCAAAUUGCACGAGGGGAUAAAGGAGCGAGAGCUGUGCGUGUUCUUCCGCAACAACCACUUCAACACCAUGUUCCGCUACGACGGCCAGCUGUACCUGCUCGCCACCGACCAGGGCUACCUGCAUCAAUCGGGCCUCGUCUGGGAGAAACUGAGCGGGGUUGAUGGCGACACCACCUUCGUCACCGGGGCCUUCCAGCUGUACCGCCCGCCGGACGACUACCAGGCCCCGUCCGAUGGCGCCCGAAACCACCCCCCCGUAGACGCCGAUCUGCAAUACGCUUUGGCGCUGCAACAGGAGGAGUCGGAUAUGCUAGCGGCCCAGGAAGCGCAGCUGGCGGAGGCGGCAGAGCGGAGGCGGCAACAGGAGGCGAUGCAACGGCCGCCUGAACCGCAGCCAGUAUCUGGGAGGAGAGCAAAACAGUCAAGUUCCAGCAGCGCAACAGGCAAGAGUGGGAAGUCGAAGGACUCGAAGUCAAAGGAUGACAAGUGCUCCGUCAUGUGAUACGGAACCGUUUGCAUAGCAGUCUCGGAUCUAUGUUGAGACCAUCGAUUGGCUCUAUCCAACUGGAACUGUACAUAAUCAGCCAACGUCCGUGGCUAUUUUACGGAAGCCUUGCAGAUUUGUACACGAGCUUUUUACAUGACAAGAAGUGCGUAAGUGUAGCAUCAUAUAUACAUAGCAAUCGGACCUUGAAAGCAAGCACGGAAGGGCGGAAGUCUUGCUUCGGAAGGAGCUAACUAGGCUGGCUUUGCGUGCGCAUAGGCUAAAUAUUUGCUUUGAGAGGCAAGGCCUACGGCUGUGAAUCAUGUUCCAAGUCCUAAAAUUGGGAACGGCCG